GAGUAUCCAUCAUAAAAUUCAAUUUUCACAGUGCACCCAUCCCAGCCUCAUGUUUCAUCCCAUUCACAAAACACACACCAUAUUAUUCCCAAUUUCCUCCUUCUCCAUCACAACACUGUAAUGACCUUUCCCUCAUCCAUGGCUUCCAUGUCUGGUCCCACUGCUCCCAACCUCACCUUCCCAAACAAAAACCUCUCCAUUCCCUUCACCCUCAAGAGACCCUCACUCCUUCCAUUCCCUUCUCACCCUCCCUGCCGCUGCCUCAGCUCCGCCUCGGAUGACAAAAACGACUCCUCCGAUAACCGCCGCUGGGACUCGCUUCUUCAAGACUUCCUCACCGGCGCCGCUAAGCAAUUCGAUUCCUUCAUGAACGCGCUCCGGGAUGGCCGCUCCGCUGAAGACCGCGCUGCCACCGCCGGUGGUGGUAGCGACGAGGACUGGGAUUGGGAUCGGUGGCGCCAGCAUUUCGACGAGGUCGACGACCAGGAGCGUCUCCUCUCCGUCCUUAAGUCUCAGUUAGGUCGUGCUGUAUAUGUGGAGGAUUAUGAAGAUGCUGCUAGGCUUAAGGUGGCAAUUGCAGCUGCAUCUAACAAUGACAGUGUUGGAAGAGUGAUGUCUCAUCUUAAUAGAGCCAUCAAAGAAGAGCGGUAUGGUGAUGCAGCUUUCUUAAGAGAUAAAGCUGGUGCUGGACUUGUUGGUUGGUGGGCUGGUAUUUCAAAAGACGUCAAUAAUCCACAUGGUCUAAUUAUUCGCAUAACUCCAGAGCAUGGAAGAUACGUAGCAAGGAGUUAUAGUCCCCGGCAACUUGCCAUGUCCGCUGCCGGUGUUCCUCUAUUUGAGUUUUUUCUUAAAAUGGAUAAAAAAGGCGAAUUCAAGUCGCAGGCUGUGUACUUAAAGCGUAAAGGGGCCUUCCAUGGUCCUCCAACAACCUCCUCUAAAGCAUUGGAUGCUGCUGAGAGAUUGAGUUCCGUGGAGUCUACUGAAGACAGAAGUGAGCUGUUUGUUGUGAGUACUGAAGAUCCGGAAAGUGGUGAUGAUAGGAAUGAUGGCUCUGAUCCAGCUGAGAGAAUGCCUGGAUUUCAGAAUGGCUUGAAAGAUAUGAUUCCUGGUGUGAAGGUGAAGAUUUUCAAGGUGAUAACACCUGAGAAAGUUGACAAGGAUCUAAUAUCUAAGGUGAUUGAGCAGAUAAUUGAUGAAGAAGAUGAUGAGGAUGAGGAUGAAGAUGAGGAUGAGGAUGAGGAUGAAGAUGAUGAUGAUGAUGAGGACGAGGACGAGGAUGAAGAUGAAGAGAAGGACAGCGAUACAGGAAGUCUGGAACUGGUAGACAUGAAGUCUGAAACUGACCAAGAGGCAGAUGAUGAGGUUGAAAUAAAUACUGGUCUGGGAACUUCUGAUCGUGAAGACCAGAAUGAAAUUGCUGUCAAAGUUGUCAUUGGUGGAAUUGUUCAGAAACUUUCCAGCAAUAUAUCCACUAGAGACUUGCUUCGAGUUCCGGCUAAGCUAGAGAUUAAGAAGCGUGGUUCUUUUUCCUUUACUGUUGAGAAAGAAGUCAAUCAACAGGAUGGUCAAGCCAAAGGGAAAUCUUCAUCAGAUAAAUCAACUAAGUUUCUAGGUCGACGCCGAGUUGAUCAUGUCAUUUUUGACCUUGCUAAAUUCAUUGGGAAGGGAAAGGUACCUGCUAAGGUGCUAAAAGAGGUUGGAGAAUUAAUAAAUCUCACUCUAAGCCAGGCCCAGAACCAUCAACCAUUAUCUGGAUCAACAAUUUUCAAUCGCAUUGAAAUACCUACUUCGUUUGAUCCUUUAAAUGGUUUAUAUAUUGGUGUCCAUGGUCUUCACUCUGAAGUUAUUCAACUGAGACGUGGGUUUGGUCAGUGGCAAAAGGAUGGUGGGGCUAAGGAGCCUUCAGAUCUUGAGUUUUAUGAGUAUGUAGAAGCUUUGAAACUAACUGGGGAUCCUUAUGUACCAGCUGGCCAGGUGGCAUUUCGUGCAAAAGUUGGAAAGGGGUAUCAACUUCCCCAUAAAGGGAUAAUUCCUGAAGAAUUCGGAGUGAUUGCUCGCUAUAAAGGUGAAGGGAGGCUGGCUGAGCCAGGGUUUCAGAAUCCUCGAUGGGUUGAUGGUGAACUUGUGAUUCUUGAUGGAAAGCACAUAAAAGCAGGGCCUGUUGUUGGAUUUGUGUAUUGGGCCCCUGAGUAUCAUUUUUUGGUCUUCUUCAAUCGGCUAAAGCUUCAACAAUAGGAUUUCAUUGUCGAUAAUAGCAGAGACUGUAAAUUCUUUCUUCAGAUUUUUGGCAUGUGAUGUUCUUGAUUGGAGCAGCAUGCUUGUAUGUAUAGAAUAAAUUAUUUGACUCUAAGUUUGGCCAACAUUAUUUAUCAUUAAGCCCAGGUUAGGUUUUUAAAGGAACUCCAGAGCAGGCCUUAAUUUGAAGGAUGUGUGUGUAGACAUUUUUUUAGUUGUAGAAUUCUCGAAAUUAAGUUUUUGAAUUUUUAGAAUUUGGAAUUGGAACCGGAAUCUACUUUUUGACAUGUUGAUAAUGACAUUACCGUAGUAGUCUAAGUGGUGUAUUGCUUUCACAAAGCGAAAAUAACUGGUACGUUGUAAAGGGAGGUACAUGAUGCGGCAGAAGUUGAUGAGCUCCUAGGUCUUGGUGGUUGGAACUUGGAAGUCUGGGAGACGGUGAAAUUGGAGCCACUAAAAAAAAAUUAAGAUUUACAUGGUCGUUAGAUCACCGCGUUGCACAAGUCACCCACCAAGAUUUUAGUUUGGUAUGAGAUUGUUUAUCGCCAUUGGCUGUGGGUCAAGAUGCUGGUUUUCUCCCCCCAAGCUCUGGAUACCAACCAUGUACAACCAGAAGAAAAGGAAAAUAACCUAGAAAUCCCAAGUGUUCCAAGUUUUACGGAAUGCUAAAUCUUGUGCUUUAAUGGAAGAUAUUACCUAUCACUGGAGGGUCUUUCAUUUAAGGUUUAAAAGAUUUUCACCAGUAGUUUGCUGGCAAGCAGCAUAGAAUCCGAUGAUUGGGCUGCUUGUCUAAUGUCUAGCUAGGUCUAACUUGACUCAUUGGGGCAUGUUAAACUUGGUUGGUUGCUGGUACCAGUAGCAUGACUAACUGUAUAUGUGCAUAUGUUUGGAUGUGUUGGGCACACACUCCGAAGUUUUUUUUUUUUUUUUGAACAGCACACUCCAAAGUUAGCACUUAGCAGAGAAGCUUCAUGUUGUUGCUUCUGGUUUAACGUGGUUUUGAGAUCUAAGGUGAAUCUUUCAUGUGGAACCAAACAUGCACUAUAGGUUGGAGGGGGAUUCGUAAUGUCAGCAUUUAAGCCCGAUGUACUAGUCUCAUCAUUACAUGCAGUGUAUUGUUCGCAUCAGUGUAUUAUCAUCGUUUUCUAAUUUUUCUCAUAAGUUAUAUUCC